AUGUACGCUACGCCACAGCGGACGACGCGGCGACCUGGCAGUCCGUCGUACGUGACGCCGCCGACGGCCGAGUCGGCGUCCCCGGCGCGGUCUCCUGUCUCGCCAUCCCCCGAGAAGGCCCAGCUCGACAUGCUCGCCAAGCAGCUCCACGUCCUGCGCCAGCGCGAGGUGCAGCAGGCCGCCGAGAUGGACCGCCUCCGAAGGCUACUCGGCGAGCAGCAGGCCGCGAACGGCUCGACGUUCCAGACGCCGCCCAAGGCCCUCGGCGCGUCCGCCUCGCGCAACGACUUUAUGGACGAGGUCGAGCGCCUUCGCCGCGAGAAGCGCGAGCUCCAAGUGCACAACUGUGAGCUCGAGGUGCAGAUUCAGGACGCAGCCAACAGCAUCGAGGGCUUUAGCGCUGCGAUCGAGUCGCUCGAGACAGGCUACAAGCAGAAGGAGGAGACGUGGAAGCGCCAGAUCGCGACACUCCAGACCGAGUGCCAAGCCCAAGUGCACGCAAACCGCGAGCUCAAGCGCGAGUACGAAGAGGAGCUGGCGGCCAAGGACGACCUCGUCAGCGAGCUGCGUGCGACGGCGUCGUCAGCGCAAGCGUCAACCGCGACGACAACGUCGACGCUCUCCAGCGACCUCGCGGCCGCGCAGGCCACCAUUCGCUCGAAAGAGUCGCUUCUCGAAUCCCUCCACACACAGCUCGAAACGCUCCGUGCCGAGCACGAUGCAGUGGCGGCCGCGUGCGCUGCCUCGGCCGACGACGCGGCGAACUGGAAGACCAAGUACGCCGACGCCACCAAGCAGGUCGAGUCGAUGGCGCUGCGGCUAAAGCAGGCCCACGCCGCCACGAGCGCGUCCGGGCAGUCAAUCCUUGUCAAGACGCUUCGCGACGAAGUGCGCUUGAUCCAGUCGCGCCUCGAAGCGCAGUUUAAGGCCGACAAGGACACACUCCUCCAGCGCACGUCGUCGCUCCAGUCGCAGCUCGCCGAGAGCACGCGGACCAUCGCGGAGAAGGAUCGCAGCAUCUUUACGCUUAACGCCAAGCUCGAGGACCAGAGCCGCAAGCACGCGGCGCUCGUGCACACCAACCAGCAGCUCGAAGCGACGGUCGCGCGGCUGACAAAAGAAGUUGCGACGGCCCAAGACGACUUGGCGCAGUUGCAGCAAUGUCGUGGCUUCCUCGACCACCACCUGGACGUCGGGUUCCAAGAGCUCUUCCGCGACGAAGACGCGCUCGCGGCGGCACGCGCCGAAGCCGAGUCGCUACGCGCCGAAUGCGCGCGCCUCGAGCGCCAAGUCGAACUCAAGGCAGUGUGGCAGCAACAAGUGCACGAACUUCAGACGCAGCUGCGCGCCAACGAGCAGCUUCUGGCGACCUCAAGCGAUGCGGCGUCGCAGCUGGCGGCGUUGCAAUCGACCCAUGCGGCGGUUGUCGCCAACGUGGCGGCCCUCGAGGCGCAGAACGCGUCGCUGACGUCCCAAGUUGCGGCGGCCGCGGACCUGCCGCGACUCACGACCGAGGUGCACGAACAACACACCACGAUUCAACGCCUCGAGGCCGAAGUCGCCAAGCGCAAGUCGGGAGAACUCAAGCUGCGCGGUCUCCUCGAGCGGCAGCAGCGCGCGGCAGAGCAGGCGUCGACGCUCGACAAGCGGCUUGCGGACGUACUCGCAGAAUCCAAGAAGGACCGAACAGACCUUGUUGCGUUGCGCGCCAUGGUGCAAGCGGCCAAGCUCAAGAUCCAAAAGUACGAAGCGGACCGGGAAGGGUACAAGGUGCUUGAACAAAAGUACCGCGACGCGCGGUCGAUGCACCACGUGCUCAAGAAGGAGAACGAGUCGCUCCGGACGAAAAUGCAGUCGGUCGCAGCCCAAGGCAGCGCGGGCCACGAAGCCCAGCUCCAGCACAUGCAGCGGGUGGUCGAGACGCACACGAAGGAGCUCGUCGCAGAGAUUGAGACGCUCCAGCGGCAGUACCAGAGCCAGCUGAGCAAGUACAAGCGCAUGAAGAAGGACCGCGAGCACAUGGAAAUGCAGCUGCGCGACCGCAACGCGUACAUUGCGACGCUGGAAGCGCGCAAGUCGCCGCUUCUGCGCACGAAGGCGCCAUCGGUCGUCGUCACGGCCGGCAACCAAGAGCCGCUGAAACUCAAGGAGCUCCACCACGCCGUCAACCCCGCCGACGAGAUGGAGUCGAUUCUGACGACGCUCGAGCGAAUCUCGGACAAGUACAAAUAG